AUGAUUUUCGAUUCCUUGGCUAUGGGCGGCUGGUGCCAUGCCCUAGCCGUCCCCUCCUUAUGGCGUCUAUUGGGUGGAUUUUUUGCUUUGUUGUGUGUCUACUAUGUGGGCUGGAUCACCUACACUCUCUGCUUCCACCCUCUGAGCGGCUACCCUGGACCUAAGCUGGCUGCCAUCACUCCUUUGGUUCAUCUUAUCUGGGACAUCCAGGGUAAGCAGCACUCGACCAUAAAGCGCCUUCAUGACGUGUAUGGAGACGUGGUUCGUAUCGCCCCAAAUACCCUCGUUUACCGUGCUUCAACCGCCUGGAAGGAUAUCUACGGUCACCGCAAGAAGGGACAACAGGUCUUCAUCAAGGAUCCGGCUUUGUAUGCACCCACUCCCAACGGCGUCAAUGCAAUUAUCACAGCCAAUGAGCAUAACCAUUCCCGCAUGCGCCGUUUGCUGACCCAUGCCUUCUCCAACAAAGCUCUCAGCGAGCAGGAAGAAAUUCUCCAGAUGUACGCCGACAUGUUUGUCGAAAAGCUCAAGGGUCUCAUAGGCAGAACUGCAUCCCAGAACAUUGAAAUCACCUCCUGGUUCAACUUCACUACCUUCGACCUCAUUGGUGACCUCGCUUUUGGAGAACCAUUCGGCUGCUUGUCAAACAGCACAUACCACUGGUGGGUUCGAAUUAUUCUGGAUGCUGUCAAGGCAAGUGCCUAUCUCAAGGUUUUUUGGUUCUACCCAUUCCUCGUUCCCUUGGUUCGUGUCCUCGUCCCCAAAGACCUUCUCCAGAAACGCCAAGCUAGCUUUGAGCUGAGCGUGGAGAAGGUCCGUCGUCGCCUCGCCCUGGGUGCUUCUCGCCCCGACUUCACUUCAUACAUAAUCAAGCACUCUAAGGAUGGAAAGGGAAUGUCAUCUGAGGAGAUGGAUGCAAACUCCGCGGUAUUCGUUCUGGCCGGCAGCGAGACUACCGCUGCCCUGCUCUCAGGUGUGACAUACUACCUUCUGCGCUGCCGUGACAAGUACGAGCGUCUAAUUCGGGAAAUUCGCGGUGCUUUCGAUAACGAAUCUGACAUCAAGCUGUCCACCCUCGUGGAGCUUCCAUACUUGAAUGCCGUCCUAAAUGAGGCGAUGCGUAUUUACCCACCUAUUCCCUCCAUGCUUCCACGAGUUGUUCCCGAAGGAGGAGCCAUGAUCGACGGCCGAUACGUCCCCGGAAAGGUUUCCGUCUCCGUCUCUCUAUACUCUACCUUCCACGCCGCCUCUCACUUCAAAAACCCCGAGGCAUUCGUCCCAGAGCGCUGGUUGAACGAGUCCGACGAGUACAGCAACGACAAGAAGGAGGCUUUUCAGCCUUACUCCUACGGUCCACGCAACUGCCUCGGCCAACACCUUGCCAACGCCGAGAUGCGCCUCCUUCUCGCUAAGCUUCUGUGGAACUUCGACCUGGAGCUGCUGCCCGAAUCUCUGAACUGGACUGAUCAGAAGUCCUUCUCGCUCUGGAGCCGACCUGAGCUGAUGGUCAAGCUGUUCCGUGUUGGUGCUGGAUCUGAUUUGUAA